AUGAUUAAAAAGCCUGACAAACAAGAAUUUUCUGUUUUUUCCUUCAUGGCACCUUUAAGUAGCGAAAUUUGGAUGUAUAUAAUAUUUGCUUAUGUUGGGGUUUCUGUUGUUAUUUUUUUGGUUUCUCGUUUUUCUCCAUAUGAAUGGAGAGUAGAGGAAAUGGCUAAUGGGGGAUUUACAAUAUCCAAUGAUUUUUCUGUUUAUAAUUGUAUGUGGUUUACUUUGGCUGCUUUUAUGCAACAAGGGACUGAUAUAUUACCUAGAUCCAUUAGUGGACGUAUUGCUUCAAGCGCUUGGUGGUUCUUCACAAUGAUUAUAGGUAUUUAA